AUGGCCGACGCAGUGGAAGAGAUUGAGAGAGAAGGCGGCAACCGCGCCGUCAAGGAUUUGUUUGCCGGUGCUGUUGGUGGAGUUGCACAAGUGUUGAUUGGACAACCUUUCGACAUUGUCAAGGUCCGCCUGCAAACAACGAACCAAUACUCUGGCGCAGCAGAUGCUGCAUCGAAGAUCUUGAAGAACGAGGGCGCAGCUGCCUUCUACAAGGGUACACUGACACCAUUGAUCGGUAUCGGUGCAUGCGUAUCCGUCCAAUUCGGAGCCUUCCACUACGCUCGCCGUGCCUUUGAGCGCCAAAACGCAGCAAACAACAACGGCCUCCUCAAAACACCCCAGCCCCUUUCCUACAGCCAGUACUACGCAGCCGGCGCCUUUGCCGGUAUCGCAAACACACUAAUGUCAUCUCCCAUCGAACACAUCCGUAUCCGCCUGCAAACACAACCCCACGGUGCAGCACGCCUCUACAACGGCCCCAUCGACUGCGUAAAGAAACUCAUCGCCCACGAAGGCGUUGCCAAAGGCCUUUACCGCGGCACAGGCGUGACUUGGUUCCGCGAAGCCCAGGCCUAUGGUGUUUGGUUCACUGCUUUCGAAUUCAUGAUGAACCAGGAUGCCAAGCGCAACGGCAUCGAGCGCAAGGAAAUCCCUACUUGGAAGAUUGCGCUGUAUGGUGGUUUGGCCGGUGAGGCCCUCUGGCUCGGAAGUUAUCCCUUUGAUGUCAUCAAGUCCAAGAUGCAGAGUGAUGGCUUCGGAGCCGACCAGAAGUACAAGAGUAUGCGUGAUACCUUUGCGCAGACGUGGAGGGGUGAGGGUAUGAGAGGUUUCUGGAGAGGGUUGGGUCCUACUCUGCUGAGAGCUAUGCCUGUUUCCGCUGGUACUUUUGCUACUGUCGAGUUGACCAUGCGUUUGAUCAGCUAG